UGCCUCUCGCUCUCCUUACAUCGCCAGCAGCAGUGUGUGGUACAAUUUGACAGCAGCACUGUCUCUCUAAAGAAAGCUUAGCUCUCACUUUUCUGUCUUUCUCAUUACCGCUCUCAUUGUCUCCAGCUACAGCAAGAGAGAGAGAGAGAGAGCAGUUCAUUUGGGGCCUGUGUCUGGAAUAAGAAAGCAUUGCUGUUUCUGACUGGGGAGAAGAAAGAUAAGACUCCUCUGGAUUUCCAAAGAGAUUUAUACUGGAUGUCUUAUUUCCAAGGCAUUUGAAACCAUCUAACUGGGUGUAUAGGAGAUCUUGAGGAGUUUUAGACUUUUAUUCCUCCAGUCUGAGACUACCCUGCUGUCAGUUUCCUUAUACCGGUGGGAAUACAACUGCACUGCUCUCCUGGCCUUUGAUAUGUGUACAUCUGGCAGAUGUUUGGCACCUGCAUGAACUGCACUAAAAAGCCUCAGCUCUUGUUCUCUUUCCUGAGACGACAACAACAGGAUGAACCUUGGGGAAAGGUCUCAGGAGAGGGAAUGUUCCACUGAUUUUCAAACCUGCAAACUCAGGCUCUUGAAUCCUCGAGACGGAUUUGGGGGUUCAAAUAGGCUGUGAAUAUACUGCAUCUGAGAAAUCAGACCAGGCUGACUCACAGUGGCCUGUGAGCCUGUGAGAGAGAGGCUGCCAAAGGAUGCUGGUGCCAAGCUGUCGGAUGAUGAACAUAGCCAGGCCAGCGGUGCUGCUCCUGUGCUUCCUUUUCCUAGCUGAAGCUGAGACACCACCAAAGUUUAUAAGAACUCCCACUGACCAGACAGGAGUACAAGGAGGAGUAGCGUCAUUCAUUUGUCAAGCUACUGGAGACCCAAGGCCUAAGAUUGUGUGGAACAAGAAGGGGAAGAAAGUCAGCAACCAGAGAUUUGAGGUAGUGAUAGAGUUUGACGAUGGAUCUGGGUCUGUUCUAAGAAUUCAGCCCCUGCGUACUCCGCGAGACGAAGCUAUAUAUGAAUGUGUUGCCUCCAACAGUGUUGGAGAAACAAGUGCUUCCACCAGGCUCACUGUUUUACGUGAGGACCAGCUUCCUCCUGGUUUUCCCACCAUAGACAUGGGCCCCCAGUUGAAAGUGGUGGAGCGCACACGCACAGCCACCAUGCUUUGUGCUGCCAGUGGAAACCCAGACCCAGACAUUUCCUGGUUCAAAGACUUCUUACCUGUUAACACAAGCAACAAUAACGGGCGCAUCAAGCAGUUACGAUCAGAAUCCUUUGGUGGUACACCAAUACGAGGUGCCCUCCAAAUUGAGCAGAGCGAAGAGUCUGACCAGGGGAAAUAUGAAUGUGUUGCGACCAACAAUGAUGGUACACGAUACUCUGCCCCUGCCAAUCUAUAUGUCAGAGAGCUGCGAGAAGUGCGGCGUGUUCCCCCGAGGUUUUCAAUUCCUCCAACAGACCACGAGAUCAUGCCGGGAGGAAGUGUGAACAUCACUUGCGUGGCAGUGGGCUCGCCCAUGCCCUACGUCAAGUGGAUGCUUGGCUCGGAAGACCUCACGCCCGAGGAUGACAUGCCCAUUGGAAGGAAUGUGCUGGAGCUCACGGAUGUUCGCCAGUCCGCCAAUUAUACCUGCGUGGCAAUGUCUACUCUGGGUGUCAUUGAGGAUAUUGCACAGAUUACAGUCAAAGCACUGCCCAAGGCUCCUGGGACCCCUGUCGUAACUGAGAGGACAGCAACAAGUAUCACAUUAACGUGGGACUCUGGCAACCCGGAGCCUGUUUCUUACUACAUCAUUCAGCACAAAUCCAAGUUUUCUGAGGAGACUUACAAGGAGAUUGACGGGGUGGCGACCACCCGCUACAGUGUUGGAGGCCUCAGUCCCUAUUCAGAUUAUGAGUUCAGGGUGGUGGCAGUGAACAAUAUUGGACGUGGCCCACCAAGUGAAGCUAUAGAAGCCAAGACGGCUGAACAGGCUCCAAGCACAGCGCCGCGGCAGGUUAGGGGCCGCAUGCUUAGCAGCACCACCGCCAUCAUCCACUGGGAUGAACCGGAGGAGGCUAAUGGACAGAUUAUGGGCUACAGGGUGUAUUACACCACGGAGCCUAACCAGCACGUCAAUCACUGGGAGAAGCAAAUCGUGCGUGACGUUAACCUACUCACCAUCCAGGGACUCAUCCCAAAUAAGACAUAUUACAUCAAGGUUCUGGCAUUUACCUCUGUUGGAGACGGACCCCUCUCCCCGGAUUUGCAGAUCAUAGCCAAAACAGGAGUUCCAUCUCAGCCAACUGACUUCAAAGCUGAAGCAAAAUCAGAAACAAGCAUUUUGCUGUCUUGGGUGCCACCAGCACAGAACGGUCAAGACAAUCAAAUAAUUGGAUAUGAACUUCUUUAUAGAAAAGGGGAUGAUAAAGAAGAGAAACGUAGCAGUUUUGAGCCAACCACAUCCUACCUGUUAAAGGAACUAAAACCAUUCACCACCUACACCUUUCUGCUGGCUGCGCGCAGUAAGCAUGGGAUAGGCGCGUAUACCAAUGAGGUAUCAGCUGAAACCCCCCAGACACAGCCGUCAGCGCCUCCGCAGGAUGUCACAUGCUCUAGCCCAAGCUCCACCAGCAUUCUGGUAAGUUGGCUGCCACCACCUGUGGAAUUACAGAAUGGAAUCCUUACCAAAUACUCCGUCCAGUAUGCUGCUACCGAAGGAGAGGAUACCAGUCCCCGCCAAAUCACUGACCUCCCCCCUGAAAGUUCCCAGUACCUCUUGGAAGGCUUGGAAAAAUGGACAGAAUACCGUGUGACAGUGAGCGCCCACACAGAUGUUGGACGGGGCCCUGAAAGCUUACCCGUGCUGAUCCGCACCGACGAGGAUGUUCCCAGUGGUCCCCCUCGUAAAGUCGAGGUGGAGGCUGUCAACUCCACAUCAAUUAAAGCGAUCUGGCGUGCGCCGGUUCCCAACAAGCAGCACGGGCAGAUCCGAGGCUACCAGGUGCAUUAUGUCAAGAUGGUAAAUGGAGAGCCAACCGGACAACCCGUUAUUAAGGACAUCUUGAUUGAAGAUGCCCAGUGGGAAUAUGAUGAUUCUACUGAACAUGAGAUGAUCAUUUCUGAACUUCAGGCUGAGACCACCUACUCUGUUGCUGUUGCGGCGUAUACAACCAAAGGAGACGGGGCUCGCAGUAAGCCCAAGCUCGUCUCCACAACUGGUGCAGUUCCAGAAAAGCCCAGACUUAUGGUUGGUACCACCAAUAUGGGGACUGCGUUACUUCAGUGGCACCCACCCACAUUUACCUAUGGCCCCUUGCAAGGCUAUCGCCUGAGGUUUGGCCGAAAGGAUGAGCCCCUGACUGUAAUAGAGUUCUCUGAAAGGGAGCAUCACUACACCACCAAGGAAAUUCAUAAAGGCGCCACCUAUGUCUUCCGUUUGGCAUCCAGGAACAAAGUGGGAUUUGGGGAGGAGAUCGUCAAAGAAAUCUCUACACCUGAAGAUGUACCGAGUGGCUACCCUCAAAAUAUUGUUGCUGACAGCAUAACUACAACCACCAUUCAGCUGAGCUGGAAACCUGUUUUAUUGGCUGAGCAAAACGGCAACAUUAUCAGAUACGCCAUCCAGUACAAGGACAUCAACAGCCCAAGGAACCCCUCAGAAAUCUUCAUCAUUGCUCCUGAAACUACCGUGACAAUUGAUGGCUUAAAGGCAGACACCACUUACGAUAUUAAAAUGUGCGCUUUUACCAGCAAAGGUUCCGGUCCUUAUAGCCCAAGUGUCCAGUUCAGGACACAGCCUCUUGAUCAAGCAGUGUUUGCAAAAAAUUUUCAUGUGAAAGCUGCAAUGAAGACAUCCGUGCUGCUAACUUGGGAGAUACCAGAAAACUACAAUCCAGCUCAACCUUUCACAAUCCUGUAUGACAAUGGCCAGAGUGUUGAAGUAGAUGGGAAACUCACACAAAAACUGAUCACUAACCUUCAGCCAGGAACACAGUACUCCUUCUUGCUGACGAACCGAGGCAACAGCGCUGGGGGGCUCCAGCACCGAGUAUCAACCAUGACGGCACCAGAUGUUCUACGUACCAAGCCCUACCUAAUAGGAAAAACCAACUCUGACGGGAUGGUGACAGUGGAGCUGCCAACAGUAGAAACCAAAGAGAAAGUGAAGGGUUAUUACGUUGUGGUAGUGCCGUUGAAGAAACAACGUGGGAAAUUUAUCAAGCUUUGGGACAGUCCAGAUGAAAUGAAUUUGGAGGAGCUGCUGAAAGAAAUUAACAGGACGAGCAGGAGUCUUCGGUUCAGGAGACAAGUGGAACCCAAAGCCUACAUUGCUGCCUACUUCAAAGAUCUGCCCACCGAGUUCACCCUUGGAGACCAGAAGAUCUACGGAGACUUUGAAAACAAGCAGCUCCUAAAUGGUCAAGAAUAUAUCUUCUUUGUUUUGGCUGUGUUGGAGAUCUCUGAAAAUACCAUGUAUGCGACAAGCCCCUAUUCUGACCCGGUGGUGUCAGCUGACAUCGAUCCUCAGCCAAUCAUUGAUGAGGAGGAAGGUCUGAUCUGGGUGGUGGGACCAGUGCUUGCUGUUGUCUUUAUCAUCUGCAUUGUCAUUGCCAUCCUCCUGUACAAGAGCAAACCAGACAGUAUGACAUCACAAUCAAAUUUACUGUCUGGCAGGGAACAAUCAGUAUACCGGAAAAGGGCUGAAUCUGAGUCUAGAAAGAGUAGCCUUCCUAACAGCAAGGAGAUACCAUCCCAUCAUCCCACAGAUCCAGUAGAACUGAGGCGCCUCAAUUUCCAGACACCUGGUUCAGGUGUCUCCGGUUACCCUGGUAACCUCCAUUCGUCAAGUAUGGCCAGCCACCCUCCUAUCCCCAUCAUGGAGCUUGCUGAUCACAUAGAGAGGCUGAAGGCUAAUGACAACUUGAAAUUCUCCCAAGAAUAUGAGUCCAUUGAUCCUGGGCAGCAGUUCACAUGGGAGCAUUCCAACCUGGAAGUUAACAAACCAAAGAAUAGAUAUGCAAAUGUGAUUGCAUAUGACCAUUCACGUGUCCUGCUUUCUGCCAUAGAAGGUAUCCCUGGAAGUGACUAUAUCAAUGCCAACUAUAUUGAUGGCUACAGGAAACAGAAUGCUUAUAUUGCCACCCAGGGUUCACUCCCAGAAACCUUUGGUGAUUUCUGGAGGAUGAUCUGGGAACAACGCAGUGCAAAUAUUGUCAUGAUGACUAAGCUGGAGGAGAGAUCUAGAAUGCCUUCUUAUUUCUUCUCCAAGGUUAAAUGCGAUCAGUACUGGCCCACAAGAGGUACUGAGACCUAUGGUCUCAUACAGGUGACAUUAUUAGAUACAGUGGAGCUAGCAACUUACUGCGUUAGAACAUUUGCACUUUACAAGAAUGGCUCCAGUGAGAAGAGGGAGGUGAGGCAGUUCCAGUUCACAGCCUGGCCUGACCAUGGCGUUCCUGAACAUCCCACGCCUUUCCUUGCCUUUUUACGCCGUGUCAAAGCCUGUAACCCACCAGAUGCAGGGCCAAUGGUUGUGCAUUGCAGCGCUGGCGUUGGCAGGACCGGGUGCUUCAUUGUAAUAGAUGCCAUGUUGGAGAGGAUAAAACACGAGAAGACUGUAGAUAUUUAUGGCCACGUUACUCUGAUGAGAUCCCAGAGGAAUUACAUGGUUCAAACAGAGGACCAAUAUAUCUUUAUCCAUGAUGCACUGCUGGAGGCAGUGACUUGCGGAACUACUGAAGUGCCAGCCAGAAACCUGUAUGCAUACAUUCAGAAGCUAACACAGAUAGAAGCGGGGGAGAAUGUCACUGGAAUGGAACUGGAAUUUAAGCGUUUAGCCAACACUAAAGCCCAUACAUCAAGAUUCAUCAGUGCCAAUCUACCAUGUAACAAAUUCAAAAACCGCCUUGUUAAUAUUAUGCCAUAUGAAUCCACUCGAGUAUGUCUGCAGCCUAUCCGAGGAGUGGAAGGCUCAGAUUACAUCAAUGCCAGCUUUAUUGAUGGAUACAGGCAACAGAAAGCCUACAUAGCCACCCAAGGCCCCUUAGCAGAGACUACAGAAGACUUUUGGAGGAUGCUCUGGGAGCACAACUCAACAAUAGUUGUCAUGCUCACAAAGCUCAGAGAAAUGGGGAGGGAAAAAUGCCACCAGUACUGGCCAGCAGAAAGGUCCGCCAGGUACCAAUACUUUGUUGUGGAUCCCAUGGCAGAGUACAAUAUGCCACAGUAUAUCCUGCGGGAAUUUAAAGUGACUGAUGCCAGAGAUGGACAGUCGCGAACAGUAAGACAGUUUCAGUUUACUGAUUGGCCAGAACAAGGAGUGCCAAAAUCAGGAGAAGGCUUCAUUGACUUCAUUGGCCAAGUACAUAAAACAAAAGAACAGUUUGGCCAGGAUGGGCCGAUUUCAGUUCACUGUAGUGCGGGUGUUGGAAGAACUGGUGUAUUUAUCACACUCAGCAUUGUCCUGGAGAGAAUGAGGUAUGAAGGUGUGGUGGACAUCUUUCAGACUGUCAAAAUGUUAAGGACACAGAGGCCAGCCAUGGUACAGACAGAGGAUCAGUACCAGUUCUGCUACCGAGCUGGAUUGGAGUACCUUGGGAGCUUCGAUCACUAUGCAACGUAAAAAGCCCAUCCUGGAUAACAGCAGGCCCUUCAAGAUCCAGAGAGCCUCUUCUGAGCCAUAAACACGUGCUUAAGAAGUACUUCUUAACUUCUAGCUAAAGACAAUUUAAGUGUCGGAUAUUAAACAGAAAAAAAUACAAAAAAAUUCCAGGUGGACCAAGAAUUUACACGAUUAAAAAACUACCCUGAACGUAAAAAGUGAAUCCUGACUGUUGAGGCAUCUUAAGGAAGUUUUUUUUUUUUUUUAAUUUUUGCUUCAAGGAUUCAUCUUGGGUUGAAACAUAAAACAACAACAGAAAUCUUGGGAAUUGCAGAGAAAUUGUUUUCAGAGUCGCCUGAAAACUGAAUGCACAUUGUAAAGCUAAAUCUCAAGAAAUUCACAACCAAGUAUACACAGACAAUUCAUUUAAAAGGACGCCAGAUAUUGGUAAAUUAUGAAAAGAAGACACUGCUUCAGUAAUAUCCCCCUUCCCUCUAUAAAGUUCAUUAUUAUUAAUUAGGGGACAAAAUGGGGAAUGUUUAAAAAAUAAAAAAACUUACUGAUUUAGUUUUUUAGUACUGUAUUAUACUGCUGACCUGUGCUUCAUUUAUAACUGUGUAAACUUAUUUCCCUUUUUUUAACGAACUUUUUUCAUUUAUUGAAGCGAAUUAAACAAAUCAUUUGCUUAAUUGUUCACCUUUUUGUUCCAUCCAUCUUGUACAUUUCUUUUCAGCUGUAGAACUGUUAUAAUGUUUGUACCAUCAAGCUGAGGUAAUGUUCAUUUUAGUGUGCUUUUUUAUUUUAUUUUUUUUGCACAUUUCUGUGCAGCUCUGUAUUAAACACCACCAAAAUAACUUUAUUACAGGGUUCUUUUCAUUUUCCUUUUUUUGGUCUUUUUUUUAAAUUAAAUGAUGCCCAUAACAACCAUGCGAUAAACUGGGGCUUUGUGGAAUCAACAGGGAUGAGCAAAGUAUGAAGUUGCUGCUACCAAUUAUCUUAGUUCUUCCAAGGUGAUGUAUACAGUUUGCCAAAACAGCCUCUGAUGAGAUACACAACAUACAGAACAGUAAGUAGAAAAAGAUAAAAGCAAAAGGCUUCCACAAUGAGAUUUCUGUAAUUAGGGGGGGAAUGAAGAGAUUUUUCACUGGAAUGCACAUCAGUAGGAGAAAAAGUAUUUCGAUACAGUGCAUCUUUUCUUGUGCAAUAAAUAGAUGUAUUAUAGAUAGGAUUUAUGUAGUUCUUUUGUGAUUCAUCGCAUAGUUAUUCCCUGAAAAGUGACAAGGGGAUUGUCAUGUAUCACUAGGUACACCAGUGUGUUCUGUAAUUCUCGCUUCAUAAUGGUAGUGGUUUGUGCAGAAGGCUGCUUUAGUAUAGCUGACAAGCCGAUAUAGAUGUCAUUUUAAUGUAAUAGGGCAAGGCAUAAAAAACAUCACUUUCCUAAAGUUCAGACAUGUUGAAUAGCAUAAUAUGUAAUGUUUUAAUUUUGCAUUUAGAGUGCCUUAUAUCUAAUGCCUGUUUUUAUAAUGUUUCUUUAAAAGUUUUAUCUAUCCUUUUACUUAGUUCAUAUCUAUUUCAUUUUAUCUAAAGUAUUACUUUUUAUUAGAUGAUAUACAAUUAUAUAUGCAAAUAAGUCACUUGCAACGAUCCUGGUUUCAUUUUCAGUCGCCUUAUCUGGUUCUUGGUCUUAAAUGGAUUUGCCCAUGUAGAGUUCAGUGAAUCCUUCAUUUACAGACACAAUGACAGAGCAUGGGAUAUAUUUUCUAACAAGAGAACAGGUCACACUAUUCCCCUGUAUAUUCUAGGUUUUCUUAUUUAAGCCUAAUCAUUUUGUAUUUGUAGAAUCUACUAGCACUUUGAAAAUGUACGCAUAUUUAUAUAUUGUCUUAGCAGCUUGUUCUUUUCAUUAGCAUGCAACAGUAUUAUGUUUCAGGGUACAAAAUCAUGCAAAUAACUCGCUAGAUAGAAGCAUACGUAAAGGAAGGAAGAUAUACAGAAGCAUUCACAUUACCGAAGACCUAUACACUUAGACUGUUUGAAGACCAAACCUUAGCAGUAAAAAGCACUUUUUAUAUAUAUACACAAUGAGAAGGCUACCUCUAGAUGGACUCUGGAAAAUGUUGAACAGGACAGAGUGCAAUGCACGUUGGACAGAUUCUCAGCUGGGAAGGCCUUAAGAAUGAACAUGGCAAGGGUGGGAAAAACAAAACAUUUUUCUUUGCGCCUACACGCAUCUUUUGAAAAUCAGUUAAAAUCACAUUAGAACAAAGAACCGCUGGGGGAAAAAAAAAACUAGCAUUUGAAUCCUGACAAUCGAAGUUGGUCAAGUGUAACAGUAUGUCUGCUGAUGUUGCAGAUGCACUUUUGAGGUGUUGAUUUUUUUUUUCCUGGAAAUUAAGGACACACACGCUAGGCACCUUUUGAUUUGAUUUUGUUUUCUUCCUUCUGGUUUUGUGGAUGUGCAUUCCAGUUGCUUUCUUUCCCUUGUUAUUUUCAGCAGUUGUUUCCAAUCACUUAAUCGGACAGUAAGGUUAUUUUUUUCAUUCUAUUUUCCUUCUUGCAGUCAUAAGUGUGAUGAGUAAGGUGCUAUUAUUUUUCUACAUCCAGGGGUAGACAUUGUGUAUCAUUUUGUACUUAGUUAUUUUCAGCAAUCUAUGUACAUUUGUACUGGUCCACUUCUUUUCAUUUAUUUUUUUAUAUGCAUGGUAAAACAUUGCAGAUGGCCAAUGGGGGCCCUUUAGGAAGAAUUGCACUUUCUAUAUCUUUGUACUAUGCACUGCCCUAUUGAUUCUAAACCCAAUAAUAUAUUACUUGAACCCAUCUGUAAGAAUUUACUUAAACGUUCACUUUGUGUGUAUGUAAAUAACACAGAAGAAUAUUGAACUAAAAAAAAGACAAAAAAUAGUUUGUGGCAAAAGAGCAUCCAUUUCUGGUGCCAUGAUACUCCAGCAGACAACUGCUGACGACAGAUUUUGUCAUAACCAUCUGUUAUGUGGCUUUGCCAUUCAAGCUUGGAGUGUCAUUACAAAAAUAAACGUUGUGUUCUCUGCUCUCUAUCUAUCUCUCGUCUGGAUGCAUAGACUGAAAAUAAUAAAUGAAAUUGUAAAAAAAAUGGCUUGUUAAAAGAAUCAUACAAUUACCUCUGAUAGUAGUAAGCGUAAACGUUUUUCAGAAUGAAAGGAGUGCUUUUUAUUUUCUUACUUAGGUUACAUUGGUGGCGAAAGAAGUCUGUAUGAAAAUCAGUUCUUUGCUGACACAAGUUCCAUUUGUUACAAAUGAAUUCUAAUAAAAAAUGUCAGUGUUAUGCA